AUGUUCAAGGUUGUUAAAAGGCUGAAGCUGUUAAAGAAGGGACUGAAAGCAUUAAAUACACAAGCUUUUAAUAACAUAGUGACAGAAACAAAUAAAGACAGGACUAAUCUAAAGAAGGCUCAGGAGCAAUUGCAGAGAAGACCCUUAAAUAUGGAGUAUCAACAAGCUGAAGUUAAAGCAUAUCAAAAGUUUAGGAAGUCAUCCUACUUAGCUGAAGUAUAUUUACAACAAAGGAGCAAAGCAACAUGGAUAAGAUUGGGAGAUGAUAAUACCAAAUACUUUCACUCAGUAAUCAAGCACAGAAAACUGAAGCAGGCAGUUACUCAGAUAAAAGACAGCUCUGGGAGGACAACAAAUGAUAGAGUGAAGACCUUCAGUAGUAUAAUCAGAAAAGGAAGCAGAUUAUCAGAACCACAGCAAGAUAAAUUAAUGCAACCUUUCUUGGGAAGGGAAGUGAAGCAAGCUAUGUUCCAGAUAGACAGCAAUAAGAGUCCUGGUCCAAAUGGAUUUGGGAGUGAUUUUUAUAAAGCAACAAGGCCAAUAGUGGGAGGAGAUAUUACUGAAGCAAAAUUGGAGUUCUUUCAGAAUGGAAGAUUGCUUAGACAGAUAAACACCACUAACAUUGCUUUGAUACCUAAUGUGGAGGCUCCUGAAACUUGGAUCAUGAUAUGUGUUUCUACUGCAAAGUUCACAGUUAAAGUUAAUGGAGAAGGGCAUGGAUAUUUUGCUGGUAAGAGAGGACCGAGGCAAGGUGAUCCUAUGUCACCAUUGCUGUUUGUUUUGGUCAUGGAGUAUUUGUCCAGAACAUUGAGUAUAAUCAGCAGGUUACCAGACUUCAGAUUUCAUCCAAUGUACAAAGAGAUCAAGCUGACUCAUCUUAUUUUUGCUGAUGAUCCGAUGAUAUUUUGUAAAGGCAAUACCAGUUAUGUGAAUAGAGUGAUGGAAGCCCUUGAUCACUUCAGUAAAGUUUCAGGAUUGAUUGCCAACAUGGAGAAGUCAAACAUCUUUGUAGCUGGGGUUGGAGAUGAUAUCAAAAAGCACAACUGCUGA